GCAGUGAUGAUUGUAAUGUGAAUCAGGCAAUUGGUGAAUUGGUAAGAUGGCGGCUGCGGCGGUAGAGUUUCAGAGAGCACAGUCGCUGCUCAGUACGGAUCGGAAUGCGUCCAUUGACAUUUUACAUGCCAUAGUCAAACGAGACAUCCAAGACGAUGAUGAAGAGGCUGUGCGUGUCAAAGAACAGAGUAUCUUGGAGCUGGGCGGACUGCUGGCCAAGACUGGACAAGCUGCUGAAUUGGGAGGUUUGCUGAAGUAUGUCCGGCCAUUCCUGAACUCCAUCAGCAAAGCAAAGGCAGCACGGUUGGUGCGCUCUCUGCUCGAUAUGUUCUUGGACAUGGAGGCAGCUACUGGUCAGGAGGUGGAGUUAUGUUUGGAGUGCAUUGAAUGGGCCAAAUCAGAGAAGAGGACCUUUCUACGACAGGCCCUGGAGGCCCGUCUGGUCUCUUUAUACUUUGACACCAAACGUUACCAAGAGGCUCUACAGCUUGGCUCUCAGCUCCUGCAAGAGCUGAAGAAGAUGGAUGAUAAAGCUCUGCUGGUGGAGCUCCAGCUGCUGGAAAGCAAGACAUAUCAUGCACUGAGCAACUUGCCCAAGGCCAGAGCAGCUCUCACCUCUGCCAGGACCACAGCAAACGCCAUCUACUGCCCCCCAAAGCUGCAGGCUGCUCUUGACAUGCAGUCAGGCAUUAUUCACGCUGCUGAGGAGAAGGACUGGAAGACAGCGUAUUCAUACUUUUAUGAGGCUUUUGAAGGCUAUGAUUCUAUUGACAGUCCCCGUGCCAUCACUGCACUCAAGUACAUGCUCCUCUGCAAGAUCAUGCUCAACUCGCCAGAGGAUGUGCAGGCCCUGAUCAGUGGAAAACUUGCCCUCAGAUAUGCUGGCAGAGAGACGGAUGCACUUAAAUGUGUGGCCCAAGCCAGCAAGAACAGGUCACUUGCAGACUUUGAGAAGGCUUUAACAGAGUACAAAGCUGAGCUGCGGGAGGAUCCCAUCAUCAGCACCCACCUGGCCAAACUCUACGACAAUCUGCUGGAACAAAACCUCAUAAGGGUCAUCGAGCCCUUCUCCAGAGUGCAGAUUGAACACAUUUCUGAGCUAAUAAAACUCUCCAAGGGGGAUGUUGAAAGGAAACUGUCACAGAUGAUUUUAGACCAGAAAUUCCAUGGAAUCCUUGACCAAGGGGAAGGUGUCCUGAUUGUUUUUGACGAACCUCCAGUAGACAAAACAUAUGGAGCCGCCCUUGAAACAAUUCAGAACAUGAGCAAAGUAGUGGACUCGCUCUACAACAAAGCCAAGAAAUUGACAUAGGUUGAGCAUUGGACCCCGCAGCUGAGAGCAUGGCCAGUGUGGGGGACUCUGAGGGAAGGGGAGGGGGAUGUGAUGCAGACAUCAAGUCAGAAAAAAGGUCUAACACCCCCAAAACGGACUGACUCCUGCUUUUGUCCUCUGGCUUUCACUUGGACAUUUUUUUUACCACCUUCCUCAAUGGACAAACUACUUCUACUACUAUGGGAUCACUUUUUUUUUCUUUGCUGGUAAUGCAUUUCUUUGUAUCUUGGCUGUGCCUAAUGGGCCAUCAGGGAAUCUUCAAAGAAAUAAAAACUCACUUGCAUUAUAA